AUGGAAGACGAAGCCUUCGCUAGUAUAAGUAGCAAACCGAUUACUCUGGAUUGUCAGAGCCACUCCAGCUUUUGCAGGGAGUUCACUGUUAGCUCCCCUAAAGUGUCCAUUGGGAAGGUGAUGGUGUACACCUGUUCUGUGUGGCUUAUAGCUUAUGCAGUGUUCUUCUUCACAGAGAACACGGCAGUUCUCUCCAGUGCUAUCCUCAUCACGCUCGCAGGCAUGAUGCUCCACAUCCACUUUGUGAAGGUGGACCACGAGUCCCUGCUUGUCAUAGGCUCUUUAGGCAUCCAGGUGUCCUCCACAUACGCCUCAGGUCGUGAGGUCACUACUUUCAUUGAGAUGAGCAAGAUCAAAGAUAUUGUCAUAAAUGAAGCUAUUUACAUGCAUCAGAUCAUCUACUAUCUGUGUGUGCUGAUGAAGGACCAGUCAGAGCCUAAUGGAGUGUCUGGUGUGGUGCCAUUAUUUCAGAGCUCAAAGCCGAGACUCAACUGCUUGGUGAAGGUGUACAAAAGCUGCCAGGAGAUUCUUUCAAAGUGCCAAUGACUCUCAAGUUGUACAACGCCACCUCCUGAACAAUGUGCUGUAAAUAUUUUAGGCCAUUUUUAAAAUGCUUAAAGGCAAAACAGUUUUGUCCCAUUACUGUAUACUGUAUUCGAUUUCAUAUUUUGGUCAUGUUUUUAUUAUCCUUUUCACACUUUUAUUAAUGCCUACACU